AUGCGGGUGGCAGCUUCAGCUUCGGAGGUCUUUGCUCCGCAGACAGCAGCAGCAGGAGCAGCAUCGGGAGCAGCAGCAGCAGCAGCAGAAACCACAGGGGAGAUGGGAGAAGGCGCCUCUGCUGCUGCUGCAGCAGCAGCAGCAGCAGCAGCAAAAGAAGCAGCAGAAGUGGGGGGCGACGCUGCUGCGAUUGACGGGAGGCUGCAGGAAGUGUCUUUAGAAAUAAAGACAGUGGAGAGUCAGAUUCUUGCUGCAGUGCGGCAGCUGGCGAGCCUGCAGCAGCAGCAGCAGCAGCAGCAGCAGCAGCAGCAGCAGCGGCCGGCGACGGCGCAGGUGGAGGAGCUGCUGCAGCUGUCGCGCGCAGCGCAGCAAGCAGCAGCAGCAAGUGCGGAGGAAGCAGCAGCACUCUGCAGCGGGAUAAAGAUGCUGGAUGCAGCAAAGCGGAACUUGAGCUGCUGCAUUGCUGCGCUGCGGCUGCUGCUGACUGCUGCUGCUGCAGUGGAGCAGCUGCGGGAAGCAGCACUUUACAGAGACUAUGCUGCAGCAGCAAAGUUGCUGCUGGCCUUGGCUCCGCUGUGUCGCUCCUUUGAGGUGUACAGACACCUGCCGCGCGUUGCUGCGCUGCUGCAGCAGCAGCAGCAGCUGCGCGAGGGGCUGCAGCAGCAGCUGCUGGAGGACUACGAGAGCGCCGUCGACGCGGACAGCAGCAGCAGCAGCAGCAGCAGCAGCAGCAGCAGCAGCAGCAGCUACUGGAGGGAGAAGCUGAAGCACGCAGGGGCUUGCGUGGAUGCUCUCGGCAGCAAGGGUUUUCGGCAGCAGCUAAUUGCUGCUGUUUCUGGCUGCCUCCUUGCGCCUUACAUGAUUACUUUUGCUUCCGCCCCAGCAGCAGCAGCAGCAGCAGCAGCAGCGCCAGCAGCAGCAGCAGCAGCAGCAGCAGCAGCAGCGGCCGCCGCUGCUGCUGCUCCCGCGGCGGCCGCGACGGCCGACGCCGCGGCCGCCGCCGCAGCAGCAGCAGCCCCGCCGGCCUCCCCAGCAGCAGCAGCAGCAGCAGCAGCAGCAGCAGCAGCAGCAGCAGCAGGAAGCAGCUUUUUCGAACGCCGCUUCGGCUGGUUUCGAAGAACUCUCAGAGAACAAGACUUUCGUUUUAAAGAUCUUUUUCCUCCCCAUUGGAGAUUCAGCGAAGCUUUUGCUGCGCACUUCUGCAAAGUCACCAAGCAGCAACUCACCGACUACUUGGAGCGGCACCAGGCGACGCUGCGGCCGCAGCAGCUGCUGCUGCUGGUGAGAGAAGCGAAGCAAUUUGAAGAGCGGCUGGCGCUGCGGUUUGCUGCUGAAAGGAGAGAGUUGCUGCUGCUGCUGCCUCCAGAGCAGCAGCAGCAGCAGCAGCAGCAGCAGCAGGAGCCGACGCCGGAGCAGAAGAAGCUGCUGAGAGCUGCUGCCGUGCAGGCGGCCGCAGCAAUCGACGAACACCAGCAGCAGCAGCAGCAGCAGCAGCAGCAGCAGCAGCAGCAGCAGCAGCAGCAGGGGAGCCCAAGCCUUGCUGCUCGUGUGGAAGCGGCGCUGCAGGAGGGCGAGGGGGGCUCUGAGGGGGAGUGCGGCGACGCAGUGGCCGCAGCAGCAGCAGCAGCAGCAGCAGCAGCAGCAGACGAGAGCCUGCAGCUGCCGCCGCCUGUCUCCUUUUCCGGGGCCAUUUCUGCUGCCUUCGAGGGCUACAUGGGCAGCUGGUUAGCAGCAGAAGGAGACAAAUUAAAUUCCAAGUUGUGUCUCGCGCUGCAGCAGGACAAGUUGCUGUUCAACUUCGCCGGCUCCGCCCUGGCCUGCAGCAGCAGCAGCAGCAGCAGCAGCAGCAGCGGCGGGCACAGCAGCAGCAGCAGCAGCAGCAGCAGCAGCAGCAGGGGAGGAGGGGGAAGUUUGUUUGUACAGCUCUGCCAGCGAAGUCUUCAGCGCAUGCAAGCUUUUCUUUCGGGCGCCUUCGCGGCCUCCCUAGAGGCCCCGGGGACAAGCAGCAGCAGCAGCAGCAGCAGCAGCAGCAGCAGCAGCAGCAGCAGCAGCAGCGCAGCAACAGAGGAGCUGGUGCGUCUUGCUGCAGUCAUUGGCAGCUGCAGCUACUGUGCUGCAAUGCUGCAGAAGAUGGCAGCAGCAAUUCAAGCAGCAGUGGAUCCUUCCAUUAAAGACAAGUGCACCUUUGAGCAGCAAAACGAGCUGCUGUUUGGACUUGAGAGCCGCUGCGUCCGUUUGCUGGUGGAUUUGCUGCUGGCUAGCUUCCCGGGAGUCUGCGCGGGGCUGCAGAAAACUGCUGCUGCUGCUGCUGCUGCUGCUGCUGCUGCUGGGGGCGUGGACGCGCCUUCUGCUGCUGUUGCUGCUUUCUGCUGCUGCUUGCGGCGGGGGCUGCAGCAAAUAGCGCAGUUCCUUACAAAGCCGGCCUUUCGCUUCCUAGUGGACAAAGUUGCCCAGCAAGUCAUUUUCCAGUACCGGGAGGCCCUCAUAAGCUGCAAGCGUGUGGGGCCCCUGGGGGCGCAGCAGCUGCUGCUGGACGCAGCAACACUAAAGGAGACUUUGCUGCAGGUUGCUGUUCCUGGCAGCAUCGGCAGCAGCAGCAGCAGCAGCAGCAGCAGCAGCAGCAGACUCAAGCCUCCAGCAGGAUAUGUUCGCUUUGUAAACAGGGAAAUGGAGAAGGUUGAAACUCUCUUGAAGGCCCUCGCAUGCACAGCAGGAGACCCCGCAGCACUUCGAGGAGUGCCAGACGAGGUUAACAGCCGAAGAGAUCGACCGCUGGCAGGCCCUGCGGCCCCACAGCAGCAGAGGCGCAAUUUCUGCUGCUGCAGCAUUUGCAGCAAGCAGUGCAGCAUCAGCAGCAAAUUUCAACGUGAAGCAGCAGCAGCAGACCCCAACUGCCAGCAGCAGCAGCAGCAACAGCAGCAGCAGCAGCAGCAGCAGCAGCAGCAGUUCUCCUCUUUCUGCCGCUCCGCCUGUAGCGGAGACAAAUCCUUUCGCUCCUUCACCCAGAAACAGCAGCAGCAGCAACAGCAGCAGCAGCAGCAGCAGCAGCAGCAGCAGCAGCAGCACGAAUCCCUUCGAGCCUGCGGAGCCGUUAGGUGUUUGUUCUCUUUCAGCGCGAAUGGCGCAGCAGAGACUUUCUUAAUAAAAGUCUAA